GCCGCGUCCAAAGUGCCAUUGUUGCGACCAGCCCUGAAAGUUGACUCGGAAGCUCGUUUAUAAUAAUCUAGAGUCGUGUUUGGGCACAGAAAACAAAGAUUUUUGGGAGAGCAUACCUACGUCGGUCGAUUCCUCGAACUAUCGAAAUCCCAACAUUUCGUCAGAGGGCUUGCUACGCCACUUUUCCCUCCAAAAAACGAUUUUGGUCCAGCCGCGUUUUCGUACACGCCAAUUUGGGCUGCCGUCCAAUACUUUUGAACGGCCAACAUCUAAACGAAUCACAUCGCAUCACAUCGCAUCAGACUUUGAAAAAUCCAACAAUAAUCUUGGAAAGAUGAGCAAAUUCGGGGUCAUGGUCAUGGGGCCCGCGGGGGCUGGCAAGUCUACGUUUUGCGCAUCCCUGAUCACCCACCUCCGUAUGAACCGUAGAUCUUCAUUCUACGUCAACCUUGACCCAGCAGCGGAAUCCUUCGAGCAUACACCAGACCUGGAUAUCAAAGACCUAAUUUCACUCGAAGAUGUCAUGGAGGAGAUGGGUUUGGGCCCAAACGGAGGGUUGAUAUAUUGCUUCGAGUUCCUCAUGGAAAACCUUGACUUUCUCACAGAGGCGCUGGAGUCCCUGACCGAAGAGUAUCUCAUCAUUAUCGACAUGCCCGGCCAGAUCGAACUGUACACGCACAUUCCGAUCCUUCCGGCCCUGGUCAAAUUCCUUACACAAUCCGGUGCUCUCGACAUAAGGCUAUGCGCCGCCUACCUUCUCGAGGCCACAUUUGUCGUUGACCGCCCCAAAUUCUUUGCCGGAACGUUGAGUGCGAUGAGCGCCAUGAUAAUGCUCGAGGUGCCACAUAUUAACAUCCUAUCCAAGAUGGAUUUGGUGAAGGGACAGGUGCGCAAGAGAGAUCUCAAGCGAUUUAUCAAUCCCGACGUAUCAUUACUGGAGGACGAUCCCGCAACCAAGGGAAACCAAACCGGUGCAGGAGAUGAGGAUAUCGACGAAGAGCAGAGGCCGCCGCAAGACACAGAUGUGUUGAUGCGCGGUGCAAGCUUUAGGCGGUUGAACAAGGCGGUAGCAAAUCUUAUCGAACAGUUCAGCAUGGUCAGCUAUUUGAGGCUUGACUCAUCCGACGAAGACAGUGUCGGCGCCAUUCUGAGCUACAUCGACGAUUGCAUACAGUUCCACGAGGCGCAGGAGCCCAGAGAACUAAAGGACGAGGAGUUUGAAGAGCCGGAAGAGUAAUGAUGAAAUGAACGAAAGAUAAUACCCAAAAAGGAGAGCAAUGAUGUAGAACAGAGCGGCAUGUUUACUGGAGAUGGGCGCACA